CUAUGGAGUCCUGGCUGCUAAGCACCGGCUCUCUGACUUCCUCAAAGGGAUUAGAACUGCCUUACAAACACACACACACACACAUGGAUGUAUCGUAACCGAAGUGCAUGCCGCAACGACAGGAAAAACAGAUGAGUUACAUGCAUAGCAAUUAAGAAAUGGAUUAAUUAUGUCAACAAUGCUGGUGUGAGAUGAGUUUAACACACUUUAUGCUGCACAUACACUCAAACAGAACCACACAACCGGUGCUUUAGUCUUAAAAACUGUGAUGGAAAAGGUGCAAAUGAAGGACAGAGGAGGAGAAGAUGAAAACAAGUGAUCUUAGUGCAGUAGAAGAAAUAUAUACUUGUUCGUCCCGGUGAGAUGAAGAGAGACCGAUUUUGAUACUGAACAACACACACCCUGAACACCGAAAAAGCUAAAAGACAGGCAAACAUGCUAGCAAACCUGCUCAGCGUCCUCCAAAACUUCACAGAGAGUAAUUUCCAAUCAUCUGCCAUGUUUGAGGGAUCUGAGUCCGCGAACACACAGGAAGUCAAAUCUGAGAGCACCCUUGGGUCCUCGCUCUCCGCCUGCAAGAAGGUUUUGUGCAGUAACAGUGUUCUGGAUUCGUCUGAGUACUGGCUGAAGAAUGAUAAGACGCUCUGCAGAAUUGGAUUUCUGGAGGACCAGCAUGACAGCGGCUGCCCGACAAUUUGCUUUGUAAACCUGGACAGACAUACUUCAGAUUGGCAUGAUGACAACUACAUCAAGAAGCUGGCCUCGGUGUGCCCAGAGCUGCCACGGUUAAUUGAGUCUCUCGGAGUGCGGCAACCCAAAGAAAAUGAGAUUCUGCUUCUCAGCAGCCUAGAGCCACCGGACUCCUGCCAGCAUGACCCCAGCCACCCACAGAGCCCGAGAACAGCGGAUGUCUGUCUGGUGCAUUGUUCAUGUGGACGCCGUCCCACCCAAACGAGCAGUAUCAUUUUUGAGAUUAACAAGUUCCUGAUUGGACUACAGUCAGGGCAGGAGAGGCAGAAGCAUGGCCGAUUGGCUGGACAACGAGCUGCUGAAGAUGACACCAAUCGCUCUGUUUCGUCGAUUGAAGAAGAUUUCCUCACUGCCUCAGAGCAGCUUGGGGAAGACAGCGAGGAAGACCCUUUCAGGAAUGAUCCUGAGAAUUCUCUCAUGCCCGAGUCUGUUAAGGUGUUGAGAGCAGCCCACGCUCAAAAAAGGAGUGAAAUAGAGAGAGAGGACAGUGAGGACUCUGAAACCCUCUGCACCUCUUCCAACUCCCAAAAGCUUUCAAGAACAUAUUCCGCCCCUGCAAGAGGCCGACCCACCACCCCAAAACAAGUCAAGGAGUCAGCCGGUCACUACGCCACCAAUCUGGCUGAGUCAGUCCUGCAAGAUGCUUUUAUUCGUUUGUCACAAGAUGAGCCAUCAUUUGUUGCAGAAGCAGCAGUGAGUGUGUCAAGUGAUAUAAGCCAUUCCACUGAGGCACCACAGAGGGCUCGAGCUUGCUCAUUCGAACUUCCUAAAAUUGUGAUUGUCCAAAGUCCUGAUAACAGUGAGGAGGUAACAGAAUGGCCGGAAGUGCAGUCACAUGCAACAUCAGAGCAUGAUAGUGGAAAUAAGGCCAAAGCAAAGCAUGGUACUCAUCCCCCGCACAACUCGCCAGUUGGACACCCUGCUAAGCCAUUGGAAAUAGCUUUGGCAUGUGCUGCAAGUGUCAUUGGUACCAUUACCACCCCUCAAGUCACAGAACAACUCACACUAGAGUCAGGAGAGGAAUAUGAGUGUGAAGAUGAAGAGGAAGAAAGUGAAACUGAUCAAGGGGAGUAUUCGUUUUCAUCUGCGGUAUGUGGCAUGUCUCAGGUCGCUGGAGCUGUAGCUGCGGUCGAUCUAGCAGAUGACUCUGGGGACAAUGAAGACUUGGCAGACAUGUAUUCCGCCUCUAUGGGACUUCUGUCAGUUGCCCAAGCUUCAACUGCAAUACCUCUUCACUGUAGCAUAGCAGAGGGCACCAGCGUUGAGGCCUUUCGAGCCAAUGUGGCUGAAGUUCUCCUCAGGGAAGCUUCAGCUGUAUUCACUCACAGACAAAGUUAUUCAAGUGUUGCAAAUUUCCUUGAGACCACACAUAACAAGAUAGUGGAUGGCAUCACAAAUCCAAGAAGACCGUAUCAGGAGCAACAAGAUGUGGAUAACUUCACUCAAGAAAUAUCUGACAGUAUCUUUCAGUAUGCCCUUGAGAAGGCGGAGAAGAGAAAAGAACUUGAGGGUCCUGGAAAAGAUGCCCCUAACAUUGAGGGUUUCCUCUCGGAUUGUGUGAAUAAUUUGCUCUUUGAUGUACUGUGUGUAACAUCAAGGAAAAUAAGUGACAUUUCAAAUUGUAAUAUGGAAUCAUGUGAUGGGCAGGAAGGCAGUGUCGGCUAUAGGGCAUAUGAGGCUGAUUCCAAAGCUGGCAGGGAAGCAUUGAGCCAAUUGCAGCAUUUGAUUGAGCCAAGCCAGGCUUAUAAUCAUGGUGAAAGGCGAAGCAGUGUGGAGAAGUUAUCUGCUCUAAUAGGAAAGAGAGAGAGAGAGCAGAAACACAUACAGGAGGAAAGAGAAAAUGAAGCCAGACUGAAGGAACCCUACAGACUUGCUCUGAACAGAGUGACAGCCACUAUGGUCAAAGAGCAGUCUGACCUGCAAGGGCAGCUGGGCAGGAGUGACAAGAAUGCAGACUCUGCGCUCCCUUCAGCAGAAAGCUCACCACUUCACAUGCAACGAGGGAGGGCAGGAGGAGAGAGCGAGACCAGGCAGCAGUCUUUAUCGUCCUCUUCUGGAGCACUUGUGGCACUUAAAAUGGAUUCGGGGGAGUCCAAAACUCCUGUCACGUGCUUUGCUGAAGAUUUGGCGACCACAGUGGUCUCCAUGGCUACAGAGCUGGCAGCGAUAUGCUUGGAGAACUCAAGUGGAAAGCAGCCGUGGUUCUGCGCAUUAAAUGGUGGCUCGGAAGGUCCAGAAGGGCUGCUUCUGCCCUGCCGCACAGCUGCAGCUCUCCGCCGAAAGGAGACACAAAAUGGCACCUCGGUCACCAAGAAGCACAGACCGCCACGUCUCAGUGAAAUCAAACGUAAAACCGAAGAACAGCCCGAACUCAUGGAGCGCCUGGUCAACCGUGUUGUAGAUGAAACCGUUAACUUAGAUGAACCCACAACCACUGAUCCAUUCGCGCUCUUUGCAUCAGAGGUCACUGCCAGGAUAAUGAACUGCCCAGAAUUAAGUGUAGUGGACACUUCCAAAUCUGGGCAGUCGUCCCGCAGCCGCCUGCAGUGUGAGAGAUGGAGUAGCAGGGGGAAGGCAUCAAGCUAUGAGAGCAUUCCAGAGGAGGAUGCAGAUCCCUCCGGGACAUCAAAUACUUUGGGUCCAGGAAACAGGCUUGGGCAUAAUUUGAGCCGAGGAAGCUCUAUCUCCAAGCAGUCCAGCUGUGAGAGCAUUACGGAUGAGUUCUCUCGCUUCAUGGUGAACCAGAUGGAGACAGAGGGUCGAGGGUUUGACCUUCUGCUGGACUACUAUGCUGGGAAAAAUGCCAGCAGCAUCCUUGCAGCAGCUGUUCAGCAGGCUGCCAGUAAAAAAAACGGACACCUCAAUGUGCGUACAUCAUCUUGUCUCUCGAAGCAGUCCAGCACUGAGAGUAUCACAGAAGAGUUUUAUCGCUUCAUGCUGAAAGAUAUGGACAAGGAAAACAAGGACUACAGUAUGACCAAGACCAAAGAGUGGAGUAAUAGCCUGCUACCCCCGUCCCCCAGAACCCCUUUUUGUAUCCGUCAGUCUUCUGUUCCUGACAGGCGGUCUUCAGAUUCCAGACUAACUGUAAACUCGCCUAUCAAGGCCAAUUCAUUCGAUGGCUUUGCUCAAAAUGUACACGGGGACUCGCUUAACAUCUAUCCAACUAACUCUGUGUCGUCAUCUGGACUCUGCAAGUCCGAUUCCUGCUUGUAUAAACGCGGCCAAACAGACCAAAUCACAGACAUGCUGAUUCAUGAAACCUGGUCCAGCUCUAUCGAAUCUCUAAUGCGCAAGAAUAAGAUAAUUGCCGAGCCCUCAGAGGACAGUCUGGAACUCGAUUCUGCAGACUCACAGCCACAUGUACAGCAGUUUGCUAAUCGUCUAGCGGCAGACAUCGUAGAGAGUGGCAAAUCACAGCUUGGAGGCCAGCAGGAUGUCACUGCGGCUGCUUGUCAGCCACAUAUUCCAGUUGGAGAAAGGAGACACGGCUUUAAACAUUCCCGUUGCAACAACAGUGGAAACCGGCCAGGCGUGGAGCAUCAGGAAAACAGCUGUAGCUCUUACAGUUCCUCCUGUGUGAGGCAGGCAUGGCGCGGACAGAGAGAGGUACCCUUGAUUCACAUUGAACCAGAUCAAAGAGAAGAGGCCUCGGAAGAGAAGGGAGGGGUUGAGACCCACCACAGGGAGGCAUCCCAUCAGACCCAGCAACAAAGUGGCAAAGGGAGUGAGACAGCAACCAAAAGCAGCAGUGACUCAGACAGGGUCUCCUCAGUGGCCACAGUGCCCCCUGCUGGUGUGGAGGUGGAGCGGCGGUCUCUCAGCGCUAGCAGUGAGGAAAGUGGCUCAGGCAGCUGGGCACAGAUUGCCACUGAAGACGACCCCCAGGAGGAGACCACCAGUAGCUUUAUCCAGCUAAGCGAGGGAAAUGGGAACAGCAGCACUUCUAGUCUGGGACUGGCCGACCUAGAGGGCUUUCCGGACUUCUCCAUCUCCAGCAACCUAAUCAGUGAGGAGAGGGAGAGGAAGACUUCGCACUGUCAGGACCAGGCGGACGAGGUGACGUCGGGCUUGUCGACGGCCGGCAGCAGCUGUCAGCGGGAGCUCCUGGUGCUGAACUGUGACCUGGAGCCGGACUGUGUGGACGGAGAGCUGAGAGCCGCGCUGCAGUGGAUCUCAGCAUCUGAACUCGGCGUCCCGGCGCUUUACUUCAGAAAGACUCACCAGCACAAUCUUACAAAGCUCCACAGAGUGCUGCAGUUGGCAGGUCAGAAGGCUUGGCGUGUUGGAGACUUGUUCAGCGCCGUGGCUCAGUUCUGUCAGCUCCACCAGGACCUGGAGCUGAAAGGACGGCCGCUGCCCAGCCUGUUUGACUGGAUCCUGAAGACCAAACGCUAGAGCGCCACCCAUCAGGAGACCCCCGCAUAUCCGCACACAUUCAUAAGCCCUGGAGCCAGUGAGAAAACACCAACAGACAUCCCAUUCCAGAUGCCAAUACACCUUCACCAAGACUCUAAGAUCCAACAAACUCAACCAAAACCAAACAUCUGCACAUUUUCAGGAGCUCGGCUGUGAAACUGGAGGUUUACAAGAUGCCAGCAGCAUUCAUGGCCCUCAAGACCCUUAGCAUGAAGAUUUCUUAGCUAUCUUGAACCACCAGCACAUCCCACAGAGAUCAGAUCCACACAAUCCUCCAUCUCACUCGCACUCGUACACGUGCUAGGAAUUCCGGGAUAUGCUCUAGGAAGAGAAAUGCCUUGCUCAUACAGUACACGUGCGCACAUAUCUCAUUAUCGAUUGUGAUUUGAGGAUACUUCCCUUUAAAUUACGCAUGUUCCUGUCUUUACGCGCACGCAAACGUAGAUCCGACCCGUUUCCAGCCAGCUGGUUUAGAGGAACAUGGCUUAAACCGACCAAUCAGCCUUGACGUUUUGUAGCUUGCAUAUUUUUACUGUUCGACGAACCCGUUUCAAAUGCACAACAUGACUUUUUACGAAGACAAAUGAACGCGCGAGCUCUGGCAUAGAGAUUUGGCGAUGUUUAAUUCAAUGUUUGUAUUUAAAGUGAAAUAUAGUGCGAUCUCAUCCCAAAACACACUUUGUUGUUUUGAGUUUACAUCAGUCGUUUCAUUGUACCUCCGAGACUGAAUUCUAUGUUUAGUUUUUGUGUGACUACUGUUGUUUAAGAGACUUUUAUUUUGGCUAGAUGUAAAUAGUCUAGACUGUGAGCUAUUGUACCAUCGGGCUGCAAAUGGGAAUUUACGUUUUCAGUUUUCCGUUCGUGAGGACAGGCAGGAUCACAGCACUGAAAGCCUCACCAGAUGACUAAUAUAGAAGUGUGAAUAUCGCAGAGUAUAUUUAAAGUACAAGUACAGUUUUGUGUAAACGUGUAAAGUCUGGUGGCGUUAUGGUUUUCUCCGCAUAGUAACAUAAUAGUAGUGUGUUUUAAUAUCAGCGUUGAAGGCACACAGCUGUAUCCAGUCUGUCACGGUAAACCUGAAUGUAUUUAUCUUUUCAAAAUAAAAUUUGCGUACGGUGA